GUUCUUGAGGCUAUACAACAAAGUCCAUUCCUAGUUGGCAUGCAUUAUGCAUUCCAAACGGAUUCGAAAUUAUAUUUAAUUUUGGAUUACGUCAGUGGUGGCGAAUUAUUCACGCAUCUCUAUACAGCCGAACAUUUUUCGGUAGCAACCGUACGCAUUUAUAUUGCCGAAGUGGUGCUCGCUUUAGAGCAUCUGCAUAAAUUGGGUAUAAUAUACCGCGAUAUAAAACUUGAAAAUAUUUUACUAGAUGGCCAUGGUCACAUAGUGUUGGCCGAUUUUGGUUUAUCAAAGAUAUUCGAACCAGAUUCGGAUCACCGAGCGCAUAGCUUUUGUGGUACACUAGAAUACAUGGCACCAGAAAUAAUACGCGCUGGUCCAACUGGACAUGAUCUCGCUGCCGAUUGGUGGUCUGUUGGCGUGCUCACAUAUGAAUUGCUCACUGGCGCAUCGCCUUUCACUGUUGUUGAACAACAAAACUCUCAAGUAGAUAUAUCUCGUCGCAUACAAAAAGUCGAUCCGGUACUGCCAUCGACACUGAACGAUACGGUAAAAGACUUUAUACUAAAAAUGCUUCAUAAGGAUCCCAAAAAGCGUUUAGGUGGAAACAACAAAAAUGCUGCCGAUAUCAAAAAGCAUCCCUUCUUCAAAGGUAUCGACUGGGAUGAGUUGAAGAGCAAAAGGCGAAAAGCUCCAUUCAAACCGAAAUUAGAUAGUGAGGAUGAUACUCAAAACUUUAGCGAAGAAUUUACCAAACAACCAGUGAUCGAUUCUCCAGCGCCGGUUCCUGUCAACACCCACAGAUUGUUUCGUGGCUACUCGUAUGUGGCACCGCAACACUUGAAUUCACUUAGAACGACACAAAAGGCUUGCAACGUUGAGUAUUGCAAAGAUCCAGUUACGACUCCCUCGCCUUGUCCGCCCACGCUGCAAUUAGGACGCCUUUUGAGCAACGGCAGCUUCGGCAGUUGUUACAUUCUCAACGACAGUGAAAAGGAGCUUAAUCAUGUUGUGAAAGUCAUAUCUGAAAAACUGUAUCGGCCUGCUGAAGUGGACGCUUUGCGUUCUUGUAGUCAUAGGAAUAUCUGUAAAUAUGUGGAUACAUAUCGCAACGAUUCGAGUAUUUGGAUUGUUAUGGAACAUGUGGGUGGCGGCGAACUGCAGGAGUUUGUACACUCGUCUGGCGGUCUAUCUGAGUCACAGUGCUGUGAUAUUUUCCUACAAAUUUGUGAUGCUGUGCAAUAUUUGCACUCAAAGAAUUUCAUACACGGAGAUUUAAAACCGGAAAACAUACUGUUCGCCGAUACGCAAAUGAAGCGUAUAAAGUUGGUGGAUUUCGGUUCAGCAAGCUACAACUCAACUGCUGAAACUUGGCAGGAUGUUCCCCGCUACACGCUUGAUUAUGCGCCACCCGAGAGCCUCACAGAUGCACAGCUCACAACGUACUCAAAAGCCUAUGACGUCUGGUGCCUAGGCGCUACACUUUAUGCAAUGUACAUGGGUCAUCCGCCGUUUAGACGGGGGCAAAGUGAGAAGGUCAAUGAACGUGUGGUGAAACAACGUAUAUUAGACGGUGAUAUACAAAAUAACUCCACGCGUUGGAAAAAUGCUAAACCAGCAUUGAAACAGCUGAUUGUGGAACUUUGUUUGCAGCGAGAGUCGAUAAAACGUGCGUCUAUUGAAGGAUUGCUGGGCCAUCAAUUCCUUUGUGCUAAAUUCGAUGAACUACAGAAGGUGCUUCGCCGUUUGAACCGUCAACAGUCCGAAGAAUUGGAUAAUUCAGAUGUUGAGGAAGUGUUUGCAACUGAAACAGAUGCAGUGUGCGAGAAAGUGGAAGCUUAUGUUGAGGUGGCUAAUGAAAACGAAGUAGCAAUGGAAAAUAUUUCGUCUGCUGGUGAAGAACAGCAUGAAGAUGAAUUUAUUGGUUAUGAAGAGGUGGUAGAGGUGGAAGGUGUGGGUGCUGAAUUAAUCGAAAUUCACACAGAAACUGUGGUGACUGAAGAAGUUAAUGAAAUUGAUCAAGAACAGCAACCAGUCGAGCUGGUAGCAGUGGACGAAUCUGAUAAUUAUGUCGAAUGGCAAGCCGCCGCUUCAACUUUGUAUUCAGCACCCGAAUCCGAUACCCAAUCGACGCACGAAAGACUCGAGUCAGAAGGUGACACAACCAGUGGUCUAGGCCGUAGCAAGUCAUCAGAUCACACACUACUCGAACGACAGACUUUGAGUGUAAAUAGUUUGAAUGGACUGGAAACAAGUGGGGAACAAAUUGAGGUCGGAGAACUUGCAGAAUUAGAGUGUGUUAUUAGUGAAAAGACUGUAAGCGCAGAUGAAUUGAAUGACAGUAUGCUAGAAGAGGAAGUGGAAGUGCAAGAGGAAGGAUUUGCUGGAUUUGAUGAGGACGAAAUUGUGGAACGUAAAGUGAAUUAUAUAGACAUCUUGCUGGCACAGAUUGAACAGAAUAAGGCUGUCAUGGCUGAAGUUGACAAUAAUCAAAUCGACGAUGUGGCAGCGCCUAUCAAGACUGAACCAGCCGUAGAAGAGACAAGCGAAAAUAUAAGUGCAAUUAAAGAAAAAGAUAGUACUAAAAUUAAGAAACCCUUGAAAGAACUGAAAAAUAACGACAUGGAUAUUCUAACCACAAGUAUAAAGGAGAUGGCAAGUUCGCUGGACACGAAUGAACAGCCGCAAGAUUUGCGAACGGUCAACAAGAAACAACGAAACGUAAGGCAAGUACGCGCGAAUACGCAAUCGGCUGUUACGAAUUACAAGACUGGUGCAAGGAGAAAAACAGCGGCGUUGCCCCUACUGAAAAUUGAACCGAAAGAAGAUGACGACGAUGAGGCAGGUGAAGAAGAAGAAGCUAUAGUUGAAAAAGAUAUUAAUAAAAAUAAUACCGAUCUACCAUUGGCUGCCCGAUCUAAAGCGAUACAAUCACGUCGCAAUCGACGUAGCAUACGCGUGCCUACCCAUGACGAAGAGAACAAUUGGUUAGGCCUGACAUCGCAGCUGCAAGCAAAACAUGCACAACGCUUCAAAGCACGUUAUCGGAUGUUCACUAUUUUGCUGUUCAGUACACAGAAUGCACUACGUUACUUCAAGUUCGAACGUCGUUACUAUGAAUACCAAAAGCCAAAAGAUGAUAAUGCUCACGAGCAGAAUACUAUAAUGACGAUAAUUAAAAAGGAAUUCGAGGCGGAAGAAGAGCCGCCCAAGAGCGAUAAGAGUGAUAAACAAAAAAAUAUUGACGUAAAAGCCAUAAAUAAAACGCUUCAAAAGCAAACAAAUGGCGAAGUUAAUUCAACCAUAUCAGAUUCAGCAACUUUGAAGUUGACGAGUGGUAUGAAAGAGGAAAGAAACCGAAGUCAUAGUCAAAUGAGCAGACAUGCAAGUACCAGCAAGGAUGUGGCACCCUCAACAGCUGUGCAUGUGCUGUCCGUUGGUACGCUACGUUCGUUACGUCAGCGCCACGUAUACAAAUGAUUGGCGCAUCUGUUGCGCAUUAUGGUGGAUCUAGAAUUCAUAGUGGGCUAUAGAUGUGGUCAAAUGGCAGACCAAUAUCACAUAUUUACUUUUCACAUCUUUAUAAGUUAUUUUUGUCAAUUCAGUUAUGUUAUGAUUUGAAGCCAACGGAAAUAUGGGCUAUUAUGAAUGAAUGUGCGUGAAACAUGCGGAAUGCAGGUAUUAAUUGCGAGACGUAAUUUUAAAAUUGUUUAAAAACUUAUUUUAAUUAUGUAAAUAACAUUUAAAAUUAUUAUACUAUGCAUUGCAUUGAUUUUUUUUUUAGCCAGUGGAAUAAAAAGAAUGUCGUCUAAUAUUUGAUUGGAAAUAGAAGAUAUUGGAAAGCAGUUAAAAAAAACAGUAAAUAUGUAAAUAUUUGCUUACACUAGGGCUUAGUCCGUUAACUGACGAAACACCGAUUCCACCUUAUUUUUAUUAUAAUUUGCUCUCUAACAAAAUAUGAGAUAUUUGUUGUAAUUUUAUUACAGGUGAGUGCAGAGAUUGAAGGAAUAACUCAGGUAUUAAUAUAAAAUCAUAAAAAGCUGCGCGAAUCUCGGAAGCAAUUUCAUUAUUUGUAUGCUGAAAUCCUUUCAUAAAAUCAUUUUAGGCGAACCGCAUUUAACUGUAAUUCUUAAUGCUGCACGCACAUUCGUUAUUUUUUUUUUGUGUGUGUUAAAAUAAUUGUAAUUUGUUUAUUACAAGAGUACUAAAACAGAAAUUAGUAUUUAAUGUAAUGGAUACACAUGAAAAAGCUUAUUGUACCUAUAGUUCAAUUUAAACGAUAUUUAAAGAUGCGAGCAAUAAAUAUAUUAAAAAAAAAAUACCGAAGAAACAAGAAAACAAAAGUUAUAAUAAUGACUGCUAUUAAGUAAAUAAGGGACAAAAGCAUAGUUUUUUAGUAAUAGUUGAUUGCGAGAGAGAGAGAGAGAGAGAGAUGAAACACUUGCGUCUAUCUCAAUAUAAUAUUUGCACGAAACCAAAUAAGACGAGCAAAUUGAAAACAAGUAAACGUAUGAAAUUGUAGGUAGUAUAUAUAAAAGAGAGAAUACUGACGACAGUCUCAUUCGGAAAAAGUCGUAGCUAAAAAAAUAUUAAUCGACUGGGAACAAAGCUAUCAAACAGACAAAACAAAAUGAUGAUGCGUGCAUACAAUAAUUUCCAUUUAUUAUUAAUAAUAUUGCAAAUUUGUACAAUUUGCGCAUAAUACAUAUGUACAUAUGUGUGUUUUAGCAUAAACGAGGAGGUAAAUAGCGAAUAUAAGAAGACGAAAACAAUUUUAAUUGCUUAUUAAACAAACAAACAAACAAAAAAAAACGUAAGAAAAAGUCAGCUUAAAAACCCAGCACAUAUAAAUGUAUGUAUGUAUAGAAAUAGUUUAUGAAUUAACUAAAUAUGAAUAUUAUUACAUAAAUAUACUAAAUUUUAUAAGCCAAUAAUAUUAAAGCGGAAAUUAAGUUAAUGUUAACCCCUAUAAAUGUACUGAGUAAUAACAUACAUACAUAAAAAUGUAUGAAUUCGAAGUGUACUUUUGUAGUUAUAGCGAAAUGGGACGGCGAUCAUGAACAUGAGAAUUGUAAUUGCAAUUUUCUUUUAGAAAAAAAAGUAAAGAAAUUAAGUAGUCGUUUUUUGUUUUUUAUUAAACACCAACACCAACAAAAAUAUGGUCCACAUAUUGUCAAGAAGGAUUUUAAAGAUCAAGACACAAAUUUAAUUGUGCUACGCAUUUGGUUGUGCCUGCAGCGAUAUGCUGAAACUUGCACUGACAUGCAAUCAGCUUAGAAGGUACCGAUACUUUAUAUGUAAAAUCCACUUAUCUACAAUUUUCACAAAAUUAAGUUUCCAUCAUUUCCGAUCAUCGCUGACUUAUUUGUCAUCAAUGAUAUUAAGAACUUAAUUUCGGUUGCAAUUAUAACAUGCCGGCGAAUUUUAUUGUCAGAAUAAAUUGAAGGAGAAAAGUUAAGUCAGAUGAAUGACCAGUUUGGGAAACUCUUUUAAUAAAAUCAAAUAAUUUCCCCUAAAUUUUAUUUUCUAGGCAUUGCAGCUAAACCUAG